GUCUUUGCAGUCACUAGCCACAGACAUCUUCACAGAAGCAGCAACAGCAGCAGCAGCGGUUUGCCCCUCUGAAGGCAAAUCUGCCAUUUCGCUGGGAUUGUAUGAGAGGACGCCACUUAGAGCCGCCAAGGGGACGCAUUCUGCUUCUCGCUCAGACAGAGGAUAGCACUUGAUCUAAGCUGGAAGGCUGAAGGGAGCCACUGCAGAGGCGUAGCAGCACGGUGAGCUAAAGCUUCACUGCAAGAGCACAGGUGGAGCACCAUGAGGUCCCGCAGCAACAGUCUGGAGGACAUAACCAAGGCCAAGCUGAAGCAGCAGCACCAAACGGACACAGUUAAGCAAUCUACAGGGCGAGAGGAUCCCUCUGGAAGGGCAGAGCGCCGCAGUCGACAGCGAGAGCCGCCAGACGACACUGGCACCAUACAGCGGAACCACAAGACAGCCAAGAACAGCAGCGGUGCUGGUGGGAUCAAGAGCUCCAACGGUCCUCCGAAGGCCGGUCGCAGGGAGAAGGGCAGGGACCUUUCCCGAGAUGACCUCGUUUUCCUCCUCAGCUUGUUGGAAGGAGAGCUCCAGGCCAGAGAUGAGGUGAUCACAGUGCUAAAGGCAGAGAAAAUUGACCUGGCGUUGCUGGAGGCCAAAUAUGGUUUUGUCACGCCGCAGAAAGUCCUGCAGGCCCUGCAGAGAGACGCCAUCCAGGGAAAGUCCGACGAAUUCCAAGAAGACAUCUAUGAAAAACCCAUGGUGGAACUGGACAAACUGGUGGAGAAGCAGAAAGAGACUCAUCGGCGGAUGCUGGAGCAGCUGCUGAUGGUGGAGCAGGCGCACAAGCAGGCACUGUGCAAGAUGGAGGAUGAGAAGAGGAACCACGGGGAGUUUGUGAAGAAAAGUGACGAGUUCACCAACCUCCUGGAGCAGGAGCGCGAGAGGUUGAAGUUGCUGAUUGAACAAGAAAAAGCUUACCAGGAACGAAAAGACAAAGAAAAUAACAAAAAGAUCACAAGUCUCAAGGAAGAGCUGACUAAACUCAAAUCGUUUGCGUUGAUGGUCGUAGACGAACAGCAGCGCCUCACAGAUCAGCUAAACCAACAAACAAACAAGGUCCAAGAACUGAGUACUGGUUUUUCACAAGCUCAGGAGGAGUUGAGCUCAGCUAAUGCUCGUCUGCAGGAGGAGGAGCAAAAAGUUAUUCGCCUGGAGGCUCAGCUGCGUGACCAAACUGACCGACACCAUCAGGAUCAAGAAGCCAUGACGGCCAAGUUUACCAGCGAAGACGCCCAAAAUAGGCAGCUGCGCCAGAAACUGUCCGCCCUCAGCCGGCAGCUUGAUGAGAUGGAGGAGACCAACAAGACCCUGGGCAGAGCUGAAGAAGAGCUGCAGGAGCUGAGAGACAAAAUCAGCCGUGGCGAGUGUGGAAACUCCAGUCUUGUGUCCGAACUCGAGGAGUUAAGAAAACGAGUACUUGAAAUGGAAGGAAAAGAUGAAGAGCUGAUCAGAAUGGAAGGACACUGCAGAGACCUCAACAAGAAGCUGGAGAAGGAGGCAAACCAGAGCCAGUGUUUGAAAGCUGAAGUCGAUAAACUGAACCACAGAAUUAUUGACUUGGAAAGGCUUGAAGAUGCUUUUAGCAAAAGCAAACAGGAGUGCAGCUCAUUGAAAAGUAACCUGGAGAAGGAGAGGACAGUGUCAAAAAUCUUGAGUAGUGAGCUGGAAGUCUUGAAAGUCAGAGUCAAAGAACUUGAAGCUGCUGAAAGUCAACUAGGAAAGACAGAGCAAAUGCUAAAGGAAGAUCUAACCAAGUUGAAGACUCUGACGGUCAUGCUGGUGGAUGAGAGAAAGGCGAUGGCCGAGAAGUUAAAGCAAAUGGACAACAAAGUGCAGAACAGCACAGGUAAGCUUCAGGCUGAACAAGACAAAGUUACGUCUGUGACAGAGAAGCUGAUCGAAGAGAGCAAGAAGGCGCUAAGAUCCAAGGCAGAGCUUGAGGAGAAGAUGUAUGGCGCUACGAAGGAAAGAGAUGACUUGAAGGCCAAGCUGAGAGCGGAGGAGGAAAAGAGCAACGACUUGGAGUCCAAGCUCAACAUGAUGAAGAAACGGUUGCAAUCACUUGAGACAAUCGAAAGAGAAUACCUAAGAAACAAAGCCAAAGAGGAGCACAUCAAAACACCUCUUGUCCACCGAUUCCACCAGGAAGACAACAAAGUAAAGGACUUGACGCAAGAAGUCGAACGUCUUCGUUGCAAAUUAAAAGACAUGAAAGUGGUCGAAGGGGAUUUACUAAAAACGGAGGAGUUUAAUUCGCUGGAGAAAAAAUUCACCAGCGAGCAAGACAAAGCCAAAGCCUUGAUGGAGGAGCUGGAAAUAUCCAAAAAAGAGCUCACAAAGUACCAACUGGCUGAAAAGAAAGAAUGCAACCAAGAGCAUAGUCUCUACAAACGGCUAAAGGAAGAAGAAGCCAAGUCAAGUCACUUGGCCAGAGAGGUUGAAGCUCUUAAGGAGAAAAUUCACGACUACAUGGGAACAGAGGAGUCGAUCUGCCGCAUGAAAACAGACCACUCCACACUACAGAGGAAACUCACCCAGCAGGAGGUCAGAAACAAAGAACUAGCCAGAGAAAUGGAGACUCUCACCCGAGAACUUGAAAGAUACAGACGAUUCAGCAAAAGUCUCCGCCCAGGCAUGAACGGACGACGCUUUUCCGACCUGCAUGUUUCCACCAAGGAGGUUCAGACGGAGCCGCUUGACCUCACGUCUCCGAACUCCAAGACUAUGGGGCCAAUGGAGUGCGCCGUGGUCAAUGGAAAGCUUUAUGACGAGAGCGAGCCCGAAGAAAAUGCAAACUACAGCAAAGAGAUUCAGCUCACCAAAUGUGCCACCUCCCUCAUCAACAACGUAAACAAUCUAAACAACAACUUGAGACGAGCGCGAGGGCCGUUGCUCAAAAACAAAGAUGCUCCCGGUCAGGUGAACGGCAAAACUCUGCCCAGACAGAACAGCAACCAUGUCCAGCCUGGUGAUGUGGUGCUUACCCACAGUCCUGGGCAACCUCUCCACAUCAAAGUGACACCCGACCAUGGACACAACACGGCUAUGCUAGAGAUCACCAGCCCCACCACGGAAAACACCCAGUCCUUCACCAGCACUGCUGUUAUACCCACAAGCGGGGGUCCACCAAAGCAGAGGAUUACCAUCAUCCAGAAUGCGUGCAUAUCUCCAACUACAAAAUGCAUUUCUCAAACUAAAUCAAAGUUUUCGUCCAUGUCCGAUGAACCGUGCUCACCGGACAGGGCCCUAUCCCCUCUGACAAUGUCAACACACUCCAGAGCAAUAACCCCAGACUCCUGCGGCUCUAUAACACCAGACCGAGCCAUGUCCCCCAUACAGAUCGUUUCUGUGACGACAAACACCCCUGACCGCGCGUUUUCUGCUGAGCAGAUGGAGGUUGUUGGAGGCCACGCCAUCUUCCGUGUGACCCCGGAACGACAAAGCAGCUGGCAGGUCCAGAGGUCCAACAGCUCAGGGCCAAACGUCAUCACCACAGAGGACAACAAAAUCCACAUUCACUUAGGAAGCCCAUUCAUUCAGAGCCUAGGCAGUUCCUCGCAGGGUCACGCUGCGGCGCUCCAGGAGCAAAGGACUCAGGUGAUUGCAAACUGUAGUGCUCCUGCUGCCAAAGGCAACAGCAAAAUCACAAGUAGCAUCAUGAUUAAGCCCACCACUUCCCCAGUCCAAAGGCCAUCCCAGAUUACAAUCCCUAUGGAAGCAUUCCGAAGACCUGGACCGACUAGGAUCCCAAAACCCAAGGGUUGCAACUCCCAAAAAGUCACAAACAACUCGGCAGCAAACCUGCAAAACAAGAAUCACUCACAGCUGGCUCCUUUGACCGUUGGGAGAGAGCAGUCUCACAACAACAACCCCAAUCUGAUAAACCGGAGGCUGUGACGGCACUUUGAUGCAAGAGAAAAUAUUAUAGAAAAACUUCCUUGUCAACCAUUUGAGUAAAAGAAUGAAAAAAUAUAAAUAAAAAGAUGUAGACAUCUAAAUAGGUGACUUUAUUUCCCUAUUUUUU